AUUAUAAAUAAAAAUAUAAAAAAAAAACCAGAAAUCAGUAGCUAAAUUUUUUUACUAGUAGCAACACUGAAUUUUUCGAAAAUCUGAGUCUGGCUUUUUGGCGGGAAUAUAAGAAGCGAGGUCGUGUAAAUAGUUUUAUUUCGUUAGUUAAAUCUUUUUCAGGUAUUAACGUGUCAUAAUGAUGGAUUAUUAACGACGAAAGUGCACAAGUCUCAAAAAACUUAACUAAGUCGCUGGCCGUGUCUUCUUGUGCUCUUCCAAAAAGUCCACUGAAGUCUCAUUAAAUACUCUCAUAAAAUAUCAUCUCGGCAAAUUCAAUUUCAUUCCAUCUUGUAUUUCUUAGAGUAAUGAACGAGCUCACGGCCCACCUUAAGUGCUUGCCAUACGAGUAUGGCCAUAGAUAUUACGUGAAUUCCGGCCUCUCUUGUUUAAGAUGCUGUACGUACAAGAGGUAGAAAUCUCAGUUAUAUUGGUCAUAGAUCAUUAUACACUUAAUAAUUAGUUAACUGCUAUCUCAACCUUUAAGCCGUAAUGCAUGACUACUUUGCGACAGAAAUAUAGCGAAUGAUGGUACAAAACCGUGCGAGUUCAUCAGACGCUCUAUCGCCAGUAACUAUGCCAAUUAUGAUUUUAGCAGGUUUGAUUAUUAUCAAACGAAAUCUGAACAAUGCUUAGGUGCAUACCUAAUAGGUACUAUUUUUUUUUUUUUUUUAUAAUGGCAAUCUGCCGAUAAAGUAGGUACAUGGAGUUAAUAAGUACCUACAACUGGAGUGCUGUCUGAUGCCGAGAAAUCGGUCUCGAACAAUGAAGUAGGAAACCUAUGGAAAUGAAACGUCAACCAAAAUUUCGUGCCACUGUGACGUCAUCUGGCCACAAAACAUGGCGGCUUUAGUGCUGUACAAAAGAUUUCAAUGUUAUCAGGUUUUAUCGAUAAACGUUCUUGGCUCAUUUUAUUUUAAAUAUUGUUGAGUAUUAUUUAUUUGUAGAAUUUAAUGGGAAGUAAGUAGGUAUAUUGUUAUGUGCAAAUAUGAUAUGAUUUAGAUGGGUGAAAUCUAAGACAAGUUCGUCCUUCGAAUUUGCCAAGUAAACGAUAUGAUGAUUUUUAAAAGUUGCUACACUGAUUUUAUAAAGUUGUCGUUUGCCGCAAAACAUAAAGAUAUGGCGUAGUUCAAAGCCAUCAGCCCAUUUCUAGCAUGCUAAAUGUUAUCGUAUUUUGAGUACGUGUUUUUCUUAGACUAUUACAAUCUAUUUUAAUUGUUUUGCUGACUCUAAAGUCCGUAACAUACUACCGCAGCGCACCCCAAGGAAGGUGCGCCGCACCAUUUGAAUCACUUUCGCUUGAGAGUGAUUCAAAUUUUAAACUUAUCAAGGGACCGCGUGAAAAAAAAAACACCUACAGAACAUUUAUUCAUUAAUUACAAACGUCAUUCCUUGUGACUUCCUCUCUAAAAUCACUUAAUUAUUAAAAAUUUAACAAAUUUACAAUAGUGUUUUACUCACUGCGGAAUAAAACUAUUUUAUUUAAAUAGUUCCGAAGAGAUUUUGUCGGUAGCCUUUUUCCCGAAAUAUCUAAACAGAAUGUCUAAAUAUGUUUUGAUGACAUAUCUUAAAGUGGUAUUUAUGAUUAGUGUCAUGAUCAAUAGAUUCCGACCGAAAAAUGGAUUUUUCGGAUGAGGGCUCCAUAAUGAAUUUAAAUACAUAUAGAUAAUAGUUUUAGGACAUCGACUUUCUUGAGAUCCUAUAAAAUACGUUUUAAUUAUUAUUUUUGUAUGUUUUAAGCAUGAUAAAUUAUGAAAUUUUAUAUAAUCAAUCAUAUUAAAUCGAUAUCAUAGUCAAUAAAUAAUGUACAACCCAAAACAGACGGCGAACUGACGUGACAAUGACAUUUGGCGCGCUAAACAUGGCGGAUUUUCGGCCUCAUUAGACGGAGACGGAGAUAUUUACGUAUAUUCAUGUUUCAUUUUAUGUACGCACUGAAAUACUGUUAUAUUGUUUUCCUGCGAGUUAAAGUGCUGAGUAAGAACGAGAUAGAUAUAUGUUUAUGUAUGUGCCUUCAAAAUGGGUGCUAUUUAUAUAAGCAAUUGUACGUAUAGAACAAUAUGUCGUGUCCCUACUAUAUAGGUCUAUGGUCUCGAAAGAGAAUACUUUUUGGUCGCGGUGUCCUUGUCUAAUGUGGUGACCAUAUAAAAUUUAUUUAUAGGAUAAAAUUAUACACAUGCAUCAGUUUUGAAUUUACCUUAAGUAAUUCUGUGUAACCCUAUGUAAAUACAAAACACGUGCUUGCAACGUUUUAUUUAUGUAAAUUCAAUUCUAAACAUUGCUUCGUCGUCAUGGUGCCUUUUUUCGACGGUUUUUUUUGGAAGUUGCUGCGUUGUCGAAAAUCUAGCACUGAGUUUUAUUACAAACAUCAUUACCUCAGUGCUAUUACUUAAACUUCCUCAAACUCAUGUUUAACGUCCGAAUACUCAACCGCGACUUAAAUAUUAUGUUGAACUUAAUUACGCAAUUCCUACUUUAGUGUACUGGCUAAGUGGGCCGUGCAAAUUAAUAUUUGACACACUGAGUGAGACACUGCAACACACAUGGUCUGCGCGUAUCGGGUGCUCUUUUCCUACAUUCACAUCUUCAAUUGAUUUAAAAUUACUUGUAUUUUUACUUCUGUGCUAUUUUCAUGACACGUGUAUAUUAAGUCUACUAGUUACAUUUUAGGAAAUAAAACACAAUGGGUAAUAAAAUGAAAUGAACUGAAAUUCAUUUAUUUGUUAUAUGUAGACAAUUAAAUAACUCUUAAAUGACAAGUCAAUACACAUAACACAAUACACAUAGUACUUGAUCUCUAUUUACAAAAUAUUGGUUAUAUUAUUAUUAUUAAGUUCAGUAAAUUUUCUGUAAUCUUAUAAUAUAACAUUUCCUCUAUUUAUUUUUAAGUAAAUUCUUUUUUUUCAACGAAAUACAUAAUUUAUUUUAAUCAAUAUCUAAGUGGACCAUGAGUAUCAUUAAAAUUUCGCAAUUUAAAUUUCAAUUCAAUUAAAAAUCGCCAUUUUUCUUUAAUAAAUCUAAAAUCGACUUUAUAUUUACAAUCACUAUUUCACGACUUUUAAGUUUUUGUUUCAAUACCUUAACAUCUUGUCGUAAUUUUGCUUUUCUCGGGGUAUUUUUUAUUUCUUGCGUUUGAGUACUUGAUUCUUCUUGUUUGACCUUUUUAAAGGACAUUUUCCAGAAAUUCCAACGUCAUAUUUACUAGAAGAUCCUCCUCGUUCGCUUAACGUCAGGCAAAUGAUAUACAUGCUUGCGUGCGACGCUAUUCAAUACAAUAAAAAAAGUUCAAGAAAUACCACGUGAUGGCUCUUAUAAUAUGAAAAAUACAUUGCAAAAUUAUAGUUUUCACGAUUGUUUUUUCAAAUUUAGUAUAUGACAUAGAUUAAGUACAAUUUACAAGACAAAUGGUAUUAAAUAUUAUAAUGAGAAAAAAUAUCUCACAUUUUAAAAAUAUAUGCUCACACUAGUAAAAAUUUAUCAAUGAAUCUGACAUAUGGAAGGAUAUUCCACAAACUGGAGAGGAUUCUCGCUUAAAACCACUUAUAUUAAAAGUGUUCACCAUGAUUACACGGAAACUUUCACGAUUUUCGAAAAAAAAACAAGCCACAAGCUGUAUCAGUGCCAUUUUAACUUCGCACUACAAACGUAAAUAGACGCCAUUUUUAUUUUAAUCCAUUCAUAGCUCUUUUUUGGUGAUGCCAACAAUUAAUCUGGCUUCCCACCAAAUUCAACAUGAAAACCAUCAGAAAUCUACGUACCUACCAUUAAAUUUUCCAUUAAACAGAGUUCUUAUUAAUAUAAAACAAUAUUUUUUUUGUUAAUGAGCUUUAUUAAUAUAUGAUGUUCUAUUAAAAAUCAAUAUUUAUCAUAUAAUCAAUACUUCUUAUAUAAUUUAUUUUAAUAAAUUGUCAUCAUCAGAAACUAAAUUCACCAUAACUUUGUACGUUUAUGUUGAACCAAUUUAAUUUUUGACGUUGAUGGAAAUUCUAAAUUGUCGCAAUAUUUUCUAGUUAAGUUUAAGUCACAUCGUUUAAAUAAUAUGUAUUUAGAUAUAUUAUUGUCAUAAAAUGUUUAAAAUCCUGUAAAGUGGAUUGAUUUUAACCUUUUCAAUAAUUUUCAACAACGCCCAAGCUACUAAAAAAUCCACUAACCACUAAAAGCCAUUUUUGAUAACUAAGACGGGGGUCCAAAUUCCGAGAUUUUAUGGAAAAUCCUCUAAGCUAGCAACACUGCUUUUUGUUUGUAAAAUAUGCGAGAGGGACACCACCACUUAAUAAUCAUUCUCUUUUCAGACCGUUUUUCCUUACAUCUUUUGCUAUUUAAAAAUAAACUUUAAGCCAUAGAGAUAAAGUAUAUUUUUAGUUUUUAUGUCAAACGAAGUAAGCACUCCAGUUAGAAUAGUAACUCUAUGAGUAGGUACUAUAGGACCAGAGUUGACAGCUGUCAAAGUUACGUAUGUAGGGAUGCACCAAAAUUCAAUUAAUAGGUAUUGAGAAUUGAAUCCGAGAUAUGAUUAGGAAACUAUGAAUUCGCAAUCGAAACUUAAAGGCGCAAUAAUUAAAAUUAGGUUGAUUGUAAUAAUUAUACUGAUUAAUGGUGUAGCCUCAAUUGGCAUCUGAAAUUUAAAUACCGAAGUCCCAUUGAAUUGAUCGAAUUCCAGGUUUUUUUAGGGACAAAGCAGUCCAUGUAGGCGGUAGCCUUUCCAGUUUCACCAAGAGAACUGGGCAAAGUCGUGCUCAGCCCAGAUAAAGAAAAAAACUGCAACUGAGGGCAAUUGCUUCUAAAUCUAUUAUCGAAACAAAAUCGCGAAGCACUAAGAAGAUCUCAGCAGGCUGACGUUAUGGGUUAGAUUUCAUAUCAAACUCUGACCAGGGACUUGCUGCCCAAGCUAGAGCUGCAGGCGUCUAAAAGUUGUGAUAUUAAAGGAUUAAGUUAAGCCGUAAGGACGUGGUGGAGUUUAUAGAUAAUACACUUAAGGUCGAGUUCGAUGUGGUUUGCGCAAUAGGAUAUGAGGGAAUUAUAUUUAAAUUUACGAAAUAAUACUGCUUUCAACUUCAAUUUAGUACACUAUCGCUUUUCGGAUUCGCGAGCACUUCAUAUACACUGUGCUUAAUAUUUAUUAAUCUUUUUUUAUAAUUAUCAAUGUACAUUAUUAAUGAUUCCAGCUUUGAUUAAAAGCUUGGACUGACACUACGUAAUUCAUUACAUAGAUAUCAUAGUUAUUAAUGCAUUAUACUAACUGCUGUUUCAGUAAAAUUUGAUUUAUUUGGUUUAUAAAAUCCCGUUACCGUUGAACACCAGGUAGACCAUAAGAAUGUGCUCCAUACCAAGAUAAUUAAAAACAAACAAUUCAAGGUACAUAUAAUCACAAUUUACAUUCACAAUUGAAAAAUAUGCCAACAAUAAGUGAGUCGAUAUUCCAUAUUCGAAUUAAAUUUGGUAGUAUAGCAUCUUUGUUGAUUUUAAAAUCGCUUACCAAUCCCUACUCAAAAUUGACAGCUGAAAAUGUUUUGAUGAGGUUAAUGGACGUCAAAAAUAAUAGUUUUAAAUUUGUAUUGACAAACAUUUGAUUAGAACUUUCACAUAAAAUACAAAUAUGUGAAUACAGACGGCAGAUCAUUAGACUACCAUGUAUACACUUCCUGCGGUCUCUUUUAUCCUUUAACUGUUAGAUUAGUCCACGCGGAAUUCUUUAAAUUGCAGUUCCUUUGUCAUGGGACAUAGUUCCGCUACAACUAUCGAUCGACUUAAAACUAGUAGCUUCCCCUAUUAAAUAACACGAAAUAUUGCACCAGUAUAGAUACAUAUGCAGAGAAAGAAAUGUAUUAGUUUAUUCAAGCAUAAAUACAAGUGUAGUUACAGUAUAACGAAAGUGCACAAUUGCUAACGUGUUCAUUAUAAUAAAAUUAAUGUUUAUGUUUGUUAGUUAAAGUGUUAAUGUUGUAAAAUGAGAAAAUAUUGUUUCGUUGCAUGAAACGAAAUAGUUCCUAUACCUUUAUUUCACAAAGGUCACGUCCAUGUAUUGUUGUUCGUUUCUCUCACGGCUGGGUGUCGGGAUGGCGAGCAUGAGUUCCACGCUCGUCGAAACCGUCUCCAUCAACUACGAGGACUUUAAUGAAAGUUUCCUCACAUGCGGCACAUGUUUAUGCACUUAUGAUGGAGGCGAACACACCCCGAAGCUUCUGCCGUGCUCACACACGGUUUGUCUUCAUUGCCUAACGCGCAUCGCGGCUUCACAGACACGGGACGCCGGCAGCUUUCGAUGUCCGAUUUGUCGCGAACUGAUCACAAUACCUCGAGGAGGGGUACCGGCUCUCCCGCCUUCGUUUCUCGUCAAUCAGCUGCUCGAUCUUAUGGCACGGCAACGCCGAGAGGUUAUACCGCAGUGUAGCUCGCACCCAGGCAGGGAGCUACUUUUCUGCGAGACAUGCGAUUGCGUUUUUUGUCGUUACUGUGCCGAUGGACCGCACAGCGACACGCCGUGUGACCACACAGUUGUACCGUUUUCGAUAGCGUUGAAAAGGAUGUCAGAAAUAUUGCUAUACAGAGCCAACGAGUGCCUGAGCAAAUUAGGUUCGGCUAGGGAAGCGGUAGCAGGUGAAUUGAGGAGAUUGGAAGCGGCUGCAACUGCGGCAGACGAAGCUAUUGAUAGACACUUUGCGGAACUGAGAGCGGCACUAGAGAAGAGGCAUAAUGAAUUAAAGUCUGCCGCCGCAGCGGCUGCCAGUCACAAACGAAAGUUACUCGAAGAACAAUUGAAGCUGAUUGAUGCAGAGAAAUCUAAAGUGGAAGCUGAGUGUUCCGGGUUACAGCAACAGGUAGAAGUGCGUGAAGUGAGCAGCAGAGCGGCUGCUUUGGGCGCCAGAUUGGGUGACGCGGCUGCAUUGGCCGAGCCAAGAGAGAACGCGUUCUUAGCCGUCGACUUCGCGCACAACGACGCUCAACAACGCUUCGUGGAUUCUCUCGAAGUGCUCGGUCGUGUCAGGACCAGUACUACUUUCCCAGGGCUGUGUUCGUUACAACUCGAAUCAUCAUGCGUGUCUGGUUUGGAAGUGGUGGUGGUUCUCCGCACCGUGGACUAUCACGGUGAGGCGCGUAGCACCGGCGGGGACCCCGUGACGGCGGCCGCCACGCUCGACGACGCCCCUCUGCCUUGCACCGUCACCGAUCUGGAUUCCGGACUCUAUAGGAUCUCGAUGCGUCCGUGGAGUGCGGGCUCGGUGUCGGUGCGCGUGCUGGUGUUCUCCCGCGCCGUGCGCGACUCGCCGCUGCGCGCCGCCGUGACGUCACAAGCCGCGCCGCUGCGGGUGUGGGGCGCGCGGGGGAACGGGAAGGACCAGCUGAGCCAGCCCGUCGCGCUAGCCAGAUGUCCGAAGCGUAAAGAAAUUUAUGUUCUGGAUGCUGGUAACUCAAGAGUGAAAGUGUUGGACGACGAGACGUUCGCUUUCAAAACGCAUAUCGUGAAUGAAGGACUGGCGGGUCGCAGUUGUACCGGCAUUGCUGUGACCGCGGAGGGCGUGGCCGCCGUCAAUUGGAGGACUCGCACUAUCACGGAGGUGAACACAGAAGGUACGACGCUAAGAACGAUUCGUUCGGAUCGUCUGGUGGAGCCGGUGUGCGUGGCGGCCGACGUGGCGACGCGACGUCUGGCCGUCGCCGACAACGGCGCCAGAACUGUCUUCGUCUUCGAUCGCUACGGAAACAUCGAAAGAGAAAUAGGCAACGGUGAUCUCGGCUUAGUGGGUGGUCUAGCUUUAUCCGAAGACCUCAUCAUCAUAGCUGACGUGGCGGUGCGGAUCUACGAUUCUGAAGGAAAUCUCAAAAACACAUUGGCCCCCGUCCCCAAAGGUCGAGGGGUGUACGGUGGGGUGGCUAUAGACGAGACCGGCAGCGGCAAGCACAUCGUGUGCGCUCGCUCGGUGCGCGGGCGGGCCGCCCUCGUGGUGCUGGAGGCGGGGGGCGGCGGGAAGACGCUGGCGGCCUGCGAGCUCCUCGACAAGAAGCCGCGGAGGGUCGCCGGCAUCGCGCUGCUGCCCAACAAGAAGGUGCUGCUAGCCGACCUGGCGGGAGACUGCUUAAGACUGCACACUUACUGGUGAAAGAUGACCUCUCGAAUGAGCCGGGUCACGCUGGUAAGAUGACCAUCGAACGAAUUUCAUGCUAGUCCAUAAACGCAUCGAGAAACGAUAGUAAUGUCGGCCAUAUGUAUAUGCGCCAAAUGAAAGGCGCAGAACUUAGCACUUGCACCAAAGUCCUUAGUCGACCUGCACUAACUACAGGUCGCUAACUUACGCUAUACUACGCGAUCAAGCUAAGAAUGGCAUUGACCGGUUUUCAAACUACAAAAAAAAAACUAACUUUGGUAUAAUUAUUUAACUCAAACACAGAUUUAAUAAAGUUUCUUUCACAUGUUUCAACUAAGCAGCAGUUCAUCUAGGAACUUUCCUAUGUGAAGUAAUAUUAAUUUUACAAGCACGAAAAUCUAUCGAAUUCGUAAUAUAAAUGUAUCGAUAGUCAGCCUUCGAGAUUGACGUUACCGUAUGUCAAAACAAUUUUCAUGCUCUCGAUUAUAAGUUUCGAGUUUCGAGAACGUGACAACUUGGUUGCGAAACUAAAGUAAUUAAAUUCAUUCGUGCUGCUGAAAUUAGUUCUAUUUACGGACAGUAGGGGCGCUGUUUAAACCCUAUACUCGAUUUUAUCGAUAGCGAUACUUUAUCGAUAGUCAUUCGUGCUCGUCCCUCAGAGGUCAUUGGCUUAUCUUUGUUUUGAUCGCAUAGUACACGAUUAAUUUUAGUACUUACAGUAUUUAUUUCUUGCUAUUGUGUAUUUUUUAGUUAACUGUCGAUAGUAGUAGUUUGAAAACGCGACUGAUUUUUUUUCGUUAUUUUAAUUUGGCUCGUUCUUUCUCAAAAUUCCCACAAGCCAUAAUAAUGUUUAUGUAGCUUACUUGAGCUUUUAAUACUUUAAGGUAAAAUCGACGAUUAAAAGCAUUUCGGUUCUUAAAUCUCGGAGUUAAGACUGAGAAUUCGAUGCAUCUAAUAUUUCGAUGUGAUCCCAUAAAUUUAAUCGAUAUAAUAAAUGAGUAUCGAUCGCUAGCAUAACAUUCUGAAUGAUCGAUCGAUAAUUUUUAAGAGGCGUAUUUCCUCUAAGCUAGUCUUACGGACAAAGCAUUUACUGUCUAAAAGUCCUAACAUCACGUUUAUUAUAGAAAAACGACAAUAUUUAAUAAUCAAUUUAAGAAAUGGUUAACAAGAAAAAUCGUUUAUUUAUAUAAGUAUAAAAACUACGUCAUCUUAUACAAAUAGAUUCAAUAUCAAAGUUACUAUAGAAACAUAAAUAAUCCAUCCAUUUGCUUUACAAAUCAGUACCGUAAAAUGGGGCGAUUAGGGACAAAUUCCAACUUUAUGAGCAAUUUUAAGGUAGUUGUUGAUGUAUAUAAUGCUAUAUCAGGAUCAAAAUGAUUGAGUCUUGGGGGCAUCUUUGUUGUCUAAUUUAAAAUUAUGCAACUAGCAUUUCAGUUUAAGCAAAAAAUGCAAAAAUAGGUGUAAUCCCUAUUUACCCGAAAAUUGCGGUUAAUUGGGACGAAAUGAGAAAUUUGCUAGGGUUGGCACUACUUUUAUUUUUAUAUAUAGUUUUAAUUUAUUUAUUUAUUUAGUUGCACCAACAAAGUGAUAAUCAAUAAAAAAAAUUGAAAAACUGACAAAAGUACAUGGCAGACAUCACCUCAAUUAUAGGUGCAAUCGACAGGGCUGAUAUUUCUAUCUGGGUUAAGAGAUUAGGUGUGUCGGUUAUUCCAUGGAUUAAUCAGAUGAAUACCCCCACUCUGAACAAAUAUUAAAUAUUUUAUUAUGUAUUACUUAGACAUUUUUGUCCACCUUGAGAUUUCAUUGAUCUUGUUACAUGUCUCUGCAAAAUCGACUUACUUAUAUUAGAUUGCUUAUCUAUUUCAACUAAAGACUUAUUCCCAAUUUCGCUUCGUUAAACCAGAUUUUUACCAACAAAUUUAAAAAAUAUUGUUAUAACUACAUAGACAACCCUACAAACCUGUACCUAUUUAUACUUAGGUCGUUUCCAUUUCACGUAUUCUCAUCCCAAUUGACCCCUUUUUCGUUGUUAUUUGUACCUAAGACGUCCCCAAUAUCCCCAAAAACAACAGAUUUUUACAUGUAUUUUUAUUUAAUCAAAUACAUUAAAACCAAUAACAACUGAGACUUACCUUUAAUAUAUAUGCUGGUUCAAACACUAAAUAACGUUUAUAAAUCAUAGUCGUCUUCUAUUAUUAUCCAAUAAAUAAAAGAGAGCAAAGUUUCUAGCACUACAAUAAUUACCACCACAGGAAGUUAAUUUGAAACGCGAUUUUUUAUAAGUUAGCAGCUAUUAUCAUGCAUAUUCAGAGUUGUUUUGUGAACUUUCAACAUUCUACUAUUAAACUACAAAAAAAAUGGAAGAUUUUGCAACGAAUAUAAAACUUAUAUUGAGCGUCGAAAGAUUUUCCCGGUUUUUUCCCGAUUCGCCUUUCAAUCCCUAAUCGCCCCAUUUUACCGGUACCUAAUUCAUAUUAGUUAAUAAUACUACCUUUAUCCAUGUCAAUUUGCUCAAUCGUAUAACUAAAACACCAUAUCACAAAGGGAAAGCUUCCAUUUUGUUAGAUUAAAUAAACAAAUAAGUAUGAAAAAAAGCAACAAAUUAGCACGGAAUUGCAUUAUGCUUAAAAGGCAGAUGGACAACUUCUAUUUUCAAAAUUUCAAGCUACAAUGCGCGUGACGUAAUUUGGGUCCAAACUAAUUGACAAGCUACCCAUUUUUUUUUUUGGAGUUUCUGGCCUGUUAUCCUAGACCUUUAGGCUAACAAGCUACCCAUAGAUCAUACACUAAUACAGAUUGUGUUGUUAUUGGUUAAUUAAUUACUAUGAAAAUUUGUUAGAAUUAUAGUCAGAGUUGAUAUAAAAUAUAAAUACAAACCUGAAUAAUAGUGAUUGAAUUAUCUUAUUAAUUUAAUCAAACUCCCUUAUAACUGAUGUCCGGUUGCCUAUUGCUUGUAUUUUUAUUGUUUGACGUUUUAUAAUUUCUUUUUAAAAUAAGCAAAUUGAAAGUCCCAUCGACUGUUUCUUUAGUUUUCUUUUCAGUCUAGAACAAUAACGUCAUGAAAGUUGUAGCAUAGAGUUUGGUUUUCCAAAGCAGAAUUCAUUGCUAAUUAUUUUAGGGAAUGAUCACCGAUAUUGUGUAACUUGCAUUUUGUUCCCACGCGUUCUAUUUUAAGAUUAAUGUUAUAAUAAUUAUCUUUGUGCUAACAUACUACACGGCGCUUAAAAUUUGGCAAAACCGUAUCUACACCGAAUUUUAUCAAUGAUUUACAUAUCUUAAGAACUAAAAGCUAACUAAAUAGCUUUCUAUAAAACAUAAAAACUACGUUUCUUUGUUAUAUCUAGUGUAUUAUUAAAUAUUUAUAAGUCUUUAUAGAAUCGUUGACUGCAUUUUAUUGGUUCAUUAGUUGUAUCGUGUUUUUAUUUUAUUUACUUCCUAGUGCUUAAUGCUUAUGUAAUAUGAAUCUCAACGGAAGUGUACUUGAUUUAAAAAUAUUGAAGAGGCCUCGAAUUUUUACGUAACAUUUAUCAAUAUCGUUCUACGACAACUCAAAUAUUUAUUUUUUAAUAUAAUAAUGUAAUUCACUACUAGAUUAUCAAGUAACUAAAAUACAUAAUUUAAAUUUCCAAAUAUAUAACAAACCUAUUAAUUAUAAAGAUUAUAUUUGAACUUUAGUAAAAAAAAAUAUCCGAAUGAUUAAGCUAUUUAUUUAUUUAAUUUAUGCUAUUUAAGCUAUAUGAGUGGAAUUGUUUUAAUUUUGAUCGCAGUGUUAAAUUUUACAUGUGAAGACGCGCUUACGUCCCACGUCCCAACACCAAGUGGGCUGUGAGCUCGUCCACACAUCUAAGCAAUUAAAUAGAAAAGUGCGAUUCUAAUUUUCAUUUCCUAAAAAGAAUGCAAAAUUCAAUGUUUUUUAAAUAUCAACAACAAUGUUCGAUCGACAAUGUUAUGAGAUAAUUUCGAAAAAUAAUUCGAAAACAUUACGAUGCCGAGUAAAACAAGUUAAUGAUUUUAAAAAAAACUUGAUUAAAAUCCAAAUAUUCCCCCGAUACUUCGAUAUAAUGCGAUCGAGCGCGUUUAGAGCGGUAUUGUUUCAGUCCAUUCUUAAACAAGCAGGUGCUGAGAAUUGGGACCUUUUUUUACACCAUUACGUGAUCGAUUGGCGUGACCUAACAACUUUGUAACAAUUGCAAUACAUACUGCACUAAAAUGUACAGACGGUUUAUAUGUCGUAUAGAAAUUUAUGUGUUUCAAAUAUAAAUACAGUCAAAAUCUGUUAUAACGACAUCGAAGGGACUGCUCAUAUUCAGUCGUAAAAACCGAUAGUCGUAACAACCGGUGAUGUUUAAUGUGUAUCGUGCGAGUACAAACAAAUCGAUAGGGAAUUAUUGGAAAAAUAUAUAUAUAUGAUACCCGAUUUUUCUUCAAUAUUAAUUUCUUUUAUUUUUCUUUGCGACAUUUUGAAAGUUUCAUGAAUAACUCCACAAAGUUUUAGUGCGUCUUGUGUAUAGAUAAGUAACAAACUAACUGAAGAGAUAUGAAGAAGCGGGCUUUGACUACCGCAUGCACGUGUUUUGUUUCUAAGAAUUAGAAAAGACCCUACACUAAACUAAAUCCUAUUGUUUUCUUUCCUGAUUUUAAAAGCCAUUGAAGACAAAUAUGGAUACCUAUUCAAAUUGUUUACAAUACAGCUUAGCCGGUCGUUCUAACAGAUCUAAUUCUCCGAAAUAUUAGUUAAAUGUGGUCGUUUUAUGAGGUAUGUCGUUAUUACCAAUGUCGUAGAAAGCAAUAUUUUUAAUAAGGCGGUCAUAUGGCAUUCAGCCGGGACCUUUGUUCUUGGUUGUUAUAACCGGCAUGUUGUAUUAAACGAUGUCGCAGUAAACGGUUUUGACUGUAAUAGAAUUUAUUUAUAUAUGUUAUUCUGUUCCUAAUUUUUUUUUUUUUUUGGAGUACUUAUUUAAUUAGACUUGAAAUAUUUGAGUUGUCGUUUAUAACUUAUAUUGAAUUUGAGUUUCGACUAAAUACUUAUUGUGAAAUAAAUUUAUUUUAGGUUUGGCGUAAUGGAAUUAGGCGUUUGUAGAAUUUAGUCAUAGUUCGUAAUGUGAACGAGUGCCUGAUAGUCACCGACUGUGACAAUAUUAACAUUUGUUUUGAAAUAAUAUUUUUAACAAUUUGAUGCUAAGGAGAAACUUUUUUUAUUUUCUGUUAAAACAAUGAAACCAACAAUUGAAAUAAUUUCAUUCAAAUAAAAAAGGGAUAUAAAUAAUUUAAUAUAAAUCAUGUAUUUUGACUCAGCGUUAUUCAGCUUUAAAAGUUCAAUGAAACAUACUUGGGCCCCCGCAGUUUGAAUACAUCAAUAUACCUACCUACAUAGGAGAAUGUAUAAUAACAAUAUGAAUUUGUAUGAACAGAAAUAGAAAAAUGUUGUUAAUGUAAUAUUGUUUAUCAAAUGCGUCGUCAAGGUUCGCUUGUAUCAUCUUUACAAAGUAUCUAAUUAUUUAUUGCAACUCGAGGAACAACUAAAAUAUUAUAAAAAUUAACUCGGAAAAGAAAAUUGAAGAUUUCGAAUAUCAUACCUUACAAUAUAUGUAUUAUAUAAAAUAACAAAAUUUAAAAAAUGUUCUUAUUGUGUUCUUUUAACUUAUGUCUUAUUUAACUCCUAAGACAACGUUGGCUAAAAGACAUUUGCCAUUCGAAAUGACGAAACUAGCUAUCAUGAAUACGUUCUGUCGGUUAAAACCAUUUUGCAAUAAUUAAUAAAACGAAACGGUUAUUAUUUUAAUUACAUUUAAUGACUAUAAAAGAUUAAUAAUUAUUGUUAAUGUAAAAAAAAGCUGUUAUGACCGCAUCACGUUGUUGCCGGUGCCGACUCAGUGACGCGCACACAAUAUAAAACUCAAUACCUAGGUAUAUCGUCUUCUCGCAUUAAAACUGUAUAAUCUCAAAACUUACUAAUUUUACAGGAGAGUGUUUUAAAGGUUUAACAUGUAAUAUUUUUAAUAUUAAUCAUCUUUGCAACAUUUUUUUUACUAUGAAUUAAUUUUGUUUGUAUAACCUAAAAACAAACCAAACCAUAUAACCAAAUGUUUCCGAAUAUUAACUCAAUUUCGAAUAUUUUUGGAAAUUGUACUUUUAAUGCGAAAAGGCGAUAUGUAUACGUUAUAUAAAAUUAAAAAUGUUCGCAACAAUAAUACCAUUACAUUUUCAAAUCAAUCAUUCGACAUCGCACAUUUAAAUUAAUAAUAUUUUGUUGUUUUAUUUUAUUAAAAUUUAAAUUAGGAAUUUACGUGAGACUAAAAGAAAUUCAAUGUUUUAUUGUAUCAAUAAAUACUUUCAAUUGUUGCCAUAAUAGUUAAGCGCGCUUUGGCAAUGUUUACAUUAAUGUGUUCGAAUACCAUCGUUCGAUUGUAUUUUGUAAACCAAAACACCACGGGGCUAUUUAAACAUAUUUCAAAAUAUAUUAUGUAUUUGUAUAGUUUCGUUGACCGUACCAACGUUAUAAUUGCGUCAUUAUUGUUAUAACAAUGUUUUUCUCACCUUGAAUAGGCAAAGAUUGUUAAAACUUGAUGCCGCUAUUGAGUGUAAGAUUUGUAUUUGAAUAAUCGUGUGGUGUGGAUUGUGUACGCUCGCUCUUGUGUUAGUUAUUGGUUGACGGUAUUCUCUUUUGUAAUUUGAGUAUGAUUAUAAAAAUAAAGUUGAGGUAAUUUAAAAAAAAAUGCUCACGUCAAUCAUUACGAAUAAAUAAACGAAUCAAAAAAUUGUUCUGAUGUGUGCUAGCAAAUACUUAAUAUACAUAUCGCAGGGUGAAAGGAUAUUUGGUUUAUGCGACAAUUAUCUUUCUAAUCAAAGAUCGGUUUUAUUUGGUAUUAGCAUCAACGAUUCGUUGUUUUUCAUUGAACUUGUAUUAAGUUUACUCAAUUCAAAUAGCUGAAGAAGUUUUGUUUUUGUUAUGAUAUUUUUUCCAAAUUUACCUAAUAACUUUUCACCCCUCGAUAUGUGGCUGUAUUUUAUAUAUCGUCUUUUAAUAGGACACAAAUUGUUUGUCUUGUAUGCUACGUAUGCUUUAUUUUCGUAGCCCGAGUGUUAUUAUAAUAUACUGACCGUGUAAUAUUUUGUCACAAAUCUGUCACGCCUCACUGCCUCUGAAUUCUCAUGCAUUUACGAACACAAAUUUUAUUAUUGAAAACUUAUUAUAUAGGUCAGUUUAAUGUAAAAAAAUGGUACAAAACUAACGUAAAAUAUCAAUUAAAGAUGUAUUUUCGUCAUUCGUUCAAAUAAAAUUAUUAUAGUUGUCAAUAUUAGUAUCGUAUUGCAGAUGAUGAUUAUAAAUGAUUACUAUAUAUAUUAGACAUAAAAUCGUAAUAUAUAUUUUGUGAUGAAAUUGAUUUGGAGCUGUCACGGAUAUAACCGAUUAUCAUAGUGAUUAUUCUUGUUGAAGCUGAAACGUGUUUAUUUGUUAGCUGUGAAACUGUACUUAAUAAAUCACAGAGUAUCUCAGUGUAUUGUCGAUAGCGUCACUUUUGUGCAAACGCAAUAAAGUUCAAUUUAAAAAUAAAAAAAA